AUGCACGGCCUUCGCUACGGUAUUCGUAAUCAUUUCCAAUCGCUCAAAGGUAUCGAUAUUACUAACAAUGAGCAAUUUGUGCAAAGCAACAGAGUGUUUCAAGCAAUGUUGGUAAAGCUCAAAAAGGUAGGCAAAGGAGUUGUGAAACAUAAAGAUCCCAUAAGCAAAGAAGACAUGACCAAAAUAUUAUCGUUUUUGGAUUUAAAUUCACCACAAGGUUUGCAGGACAAAGUCUUUAUUGAUAUUAUGAUGUAUUUUGCAAACAGAGGAAGAGAAAAUUUACGAAAUAUGAAAAUUACUGACUUUGUUAUCCAGAAAAACGAGCAAGGUCUGCAGUAUGUAAUUCAUCAUGAUGUACUCACAAAGACAAGGCGAGAAAAUAACGAGGGAUACAGUGGACACAUGUAUGAGAUUCCAGGUUCAUCGAACUGUCCUGUUGCUUCAUUCCUAGCCCUAAAGGACGUUUUAAACCCUGCACAAGAGUGCAUGUGGCAGAGACCUAAAUCUCAAGUGCCAUCAGAAGGACCGUGGUUCACAAAUGCACCUUUGGGAGUCAACACUCUUGGUAACAAGAUGAAAAGCAUCACUGAGAAAGCUGGCUGCUCUUUGAUAUAUACAAACCACAGUUUAAUGGCCACAACUGUUACUGUUCUCGAUGAAGCAGGAGUUGCAGGUCGUGAUAUCAUGUCUGUCACAGGACAUAAGUCUGAGUCAUCCCUCAAGCAUUAUGUUCGUACUAGCAAUGCCAAGAAGCAAGACAUGAGUACCAUCAUUUCAUCUCAAAUGCAAGAAAAUAUUCCAGUGGCUAGGGAGGAACCUGCUGAAAGUAUUUUCGACGAUCUAGUAUUAACAGACUCACAAGAACAGUUUCUAUUCAGUGAAUCUAAUUUAAACAUUCAGAGCUCCUUGUCAUCAACCACACAACACUUCCACUUCCAUGGUCCUGUUGUCUUUAACAACAAGUAA